AUGGCGUCACAAAUCACCCCGAACACAUUCCUAACACACUGUGCUGGGCCAUCAUCAUCCGAAGCAAAUGUCACCGCCACGACAAUAUUUUUCAUCUCAGGAAACCCUGGCUUGAUCAGCUACUACCACCCGUUCCUAUCCUUGCUCGCAGACCAGCUUACGGUGUCCGAGGGGUCUGGGGGGUUCGAGCUCCCAGAGGACAAAAUUCAGACGUCCAAUGAUCGAAACCCCAAACCAAGCCCCAAGGUCUACGGACUUGAAGACCAAAUCCACUUUGUGCAUGGCAAACUCCACACCCUGGUGACGGCGAACAGCAAGACGACUCUCUCCCAAACUCGGGGCGCGGAUGCUGCUAUUGCUACUGCUACUGCGCCACCAAGACAGAAAGUCAUUCUGAUCGGACACUCCGUCGGCGCGUAUAUCGCCAUGGAGAUUCUAAGGCGACACCGCGAAACUGCAGGCUCGAAAUCGGCUGAGUUUGAUAUCAUUGGUGGUGUGAUGCUCUUCCCCACGGUUAUGGAUAUUGCGGCUUCGCCUUCUGGACAGAAACUGACGACCCUGCUGUCCUUUAUCCCCGGACUCGCCCUCGUAGUCGGGUUCUUUGCCCGAUUGCUCACUUUCCUCCUACCCAACCAGGCCUUGCGAUCUUUAAUCCGAUUUGUGAUGAACUCGCCACCGGACCAUGCGCUAGACGCUACGUUUACAUUUCUGAAGAGUCCCACUGGCGUCCGACAGGCUCUGGACGAAAUGCGCACUAUAACAACAGAUAAAUGGACCGACGACGUCUGGGGCGCGGCGACAGCACGCCAGCCCAUCACGAAGCUGUUCUUCUAUUUCGGGCGAAAUGACCAUUGGGUCGCGGAGAAGACAAGAGAUGAGAUCAUUGCGCUUCGAGGGCAGACAGGAGGGAAGGGCUCGACUAUGUUGGUUUGUGAGGAGGGAUUGCCGCAUGCUUUUUGUUUAAAGCAUAAUGAUGUUAUGGCUCGCAAGGUUGCGGAGAUGAUACGGGAUAUUGUAGCUAGAAGAUGA